AAUAUCCAAAUCAUAGAUCAAAAAUACAACGAUUGGUAUGUAAUGAGCCAUUAGCAGAAUUAAUAAAUAUAAGAGAUGGUACUUUAUUACGACCAUUAAAAAUUUAUCCGAUUGGAAGCAUAAAACAACAACUUUAUAUGAUGUAUCAGCAAGAAGGCUUUGAGAAAAUGUUAAGGCAUUCAAGACCAAAUGAACCUAGUAAGCAUCAAAUAAACAAUUACCUAGCACCAAUUGUCGAUGAGUUAAUUGAACUAUCCUCAGGUAUAAAACUACCAGCAACUUUUGAAUAUAAAGAAGGACGAAGGAUUUAUGUAGCAUUAAUAUUAUCGGCUAAUGAUGUUCCUGCUGCAAGAAAAAUUUGCGGUCAUGCAAGUCAUGCAAUAAAAUGUCAUCGUUGCCCAAAGCGUGCAAAAUAUGACUGUGAAACCAAAAGAAAUCAUUAUAGUGGUUUUGAAAAUAUGGAUGAAUGGUUUAAGCCAAUAGAUAUAUCACAAAAUUUUAAAGCAGCGAAUGAAUGGUUAUCUUGUAAAAAUAAAAAAGAACGAGAUGAUCAUGUGAAAAGAACCAGAAUAAGAUGGUCAGAACUAUAUCGGCUGAAAUAUUUUGAUCCAGUUAAAUUUAUGGUAGUCGAUCCAAUGCAUUGCCUAUUCUUAGGUAUCGGCAAGUGGAUAAUGAAGCAAUGUUUAUUAAAUAAUAAUAAACUUAGUAGAGACCAACUUAUAAUAAUCGAAAAGCGUAUAUCAAAUGUAAAGGUUUCAUCAGAAAUCAGACGUAUUCCAUCAAAAGUCGCACGUGGAUCAGAAGGAUUUAAUCGAUUUACAGCAGAUCAGUGGAGGGUAUUUUAUCAAGUAUAUGCUAUUCUAUUCAAGCAAAGAGAUCUAGACGAAGCACAUACUAGGCUAAUAAACAUGGCAAAGUUAAUUGAGGAACAUUAUGGUCAACAUAUGAUAACAUCAAAUAUUCACUUGUCUCUUCACAUAAGACAAUGUUGUCUGGAUUAUGGUCCACUAUAUGCUUAUUGGUGCUAUUCUUUUGAGCGGAUGAAUGGCCUAUUAGGAACCUACCCCACAAGUAAUCGGUCUAUUGAACCUGAACUUAUGCGCAUUCUAAUGAAAAAUGCGCAAGUAGAAUUUAGAAUAAAUUCUGUUGAUAUGGGUGAGGCUAAAUUAUUAUUAGAUCAAGCUCUUUCUCUUUUAGAUAAAAAAGUGCGUGGAAGCUUAAAAAUGACUGAAAACUUUGAGUGUGAGGAUUUGGUAGAUUAUCUGAAGAUGGCGGAUAAAAUUACUAAUGUUAAUGUAAUCACUGGUACAGAAAAAUAUCUGGGUGAGAUAAUCGGAAUGAUAAAUGAGAAUGUAUAUACUCCCGAUGAAUUUUAUCAAAAUUUAAUAAAUUAUUAUUCUACACUAUCUGAAGAGCUUUAUGGUGAUCUUUAUGUAACUGAGCCAAUAGCAAUAGAACAAGCUAUUUCCUA